UUUGAUGUCACUGCCGCACCUGCGCAGCCAUCUUGUACUUUGAGCGAAGAGCGGACACAGAAAGAAAGAAAAAGAAGAAAAUAAACCUGUCAAAUCAGACGAAAAUAGGAAUGUCUGUGAACGUUAUAUAGCCUCGUAACGAUUAGACAGCCAAGAAGGACAAGGGGAGUUAGAAAAUACGGUGAAAGACAUCCAAGUGCCUUGGAUAUUGAGACCGACAAUCCAUAUUUGCCUGUGAAAGCGGAGUGAGAGAGAGGAGGAAGGAACAGUGAAAUCGCCGAUAGAAACAUAUCCCGAACGUCAGUCAAAUCAUGAAUCCAGAAUAUGACUACCUGUUCAAGCUCCUCCUUAUUGGUGACUCCGGUGUGGGAAAGUCCUGUCUUCUGCUCCGGUUUGCUGAUGACACCUACACGGAGAGCUACAUCAGCACCAUCGGCGUAGACUUCAAGAUCCGCACCAUCGAGCUGGACGGCAAGACCAUCAAACUGCAGAUUUGGGACACUGCUGGGCAGGAGAGGUUCCGCACCAUCACUUCCAGUUACUACAGGGGCGCCCACGGCAUCAUCGUGGUCUAUGAUGUCACAGAUCAGGAGUCCUACAACAACGUGAAGCAGUGGCUGCAGGAGAUCGACCGCUACGCGAGCGAGAACGUCAACAAGCUGUUGGUGGGGAACAAGUGUGACCUCACCACCAAGAAAGUGGUGGACUACACAACAGCCAAGGAGUUUGCCGACUCCCUGGCCAUCCCAUUCCUGGAGACCAGUGCCAAGAACGCCACCAACGUGGAGCAGGCCUUCAUGACCAUGGCUGCUGAGAUUAAGAAGAGGAUGGGACCCGGGGCCACGGCCGGUGGGGACAAGCCCAACCUGAAGAUAGAUAGCACCCCGGUUAGGCAGUCUGGCGGGGGAUGCUGUUAAACCGGACCCGGUUCUGGAUGCUCACCACCUCCUCCCGUCCCUCUCUGUCCGGGGCUUCACCUCCUCCACCUCUCCCUCCACUCUUCACCCCUCAGCCUCCCUUCCAUCUCCCUUUGUCUUACCCUACAGAGAACCAAUGGGAACAGGGUUAAGUGAGGGAUGGGUGGUCAGGGAGAGGUUGAGAGAAAGGGAUGGAGGGGAGGAGUUGAAGGGCUAGAACUGCGGACUGACUUGAAAACUCUCCCCUAAAAAAAGCGAAUGGGGAAAAAUAGUUAGGUAGGGGUGAGGGGGGGGUUUGAGGAUUAUUAUUUUUUUCAUUUUUGUUGAGUGAUGAGGCAGGAAGGUAAACAGAUAUGAGAAAAGAUUGGUAUUGAUUUAGAGGGGAACUGGGUGAUAGAAGAUUAGGUUUUAGAUUCUGGCGAGCGCUUAUCGCUCACACACACACACACACACACACACAUUGAAAGUGGGUCAGUGAUUCUCCCAUUCGAGAUAGUCACAGGUAUGGGUCUCUUUCCUUCAGGUUAUGUCUUUCAUUGCAACCCAGUGAAAGUCUUAUAGCAAAAUUAAGUUUUGUGUGCUACAGUAGUCAUCUGUCUAUAGGGCCUAUUUUAUAUGUUGGGGGGCCUUGUAGUCAUCUUAAGUCUGUCUACAGCAUAGAUUGAGUCACGGGCACAGUCUGGUCCACAUUUUAUAGCUCAAAUGCAAUAGUAACACUCAUGUAUUCAUGACUAUCCAUCCGUUAUACAAACUGAAUUGGCAUUGGAGCAGAAAGCAGACAGUUGUGUGCCACUACCAGCGUACUAACAUUCUAGUGAGGCGGUGGUGAGUCAUCGAUGUUAUUAAAUGAUGGGGAUGCCCAUUUGUUGUGCUUUCCCCCAA